AUGGCUUCGUCUCUGCUGUCGUCGCAUCUGGACCAGCUAUCCCUCUGUGCUUCGUCCAUAUCCGAUCUUCCAUUCUCGCGCCCGAAACAGUUCACCAAUGCCCUUCUCACCCACCACGACAUUACCGCCCUGAUCAGAGACACCGAACAACACGAACGCGCCCUCUUCUCGAUCGCUCCUCCUCCGGUUCCUUCCAAGUCGCAAAUCCAGCAAAUAUCUUCCACCUUUACGACUUCUGCUUCACGAUCAAUCGCUACAUCAAAUUCCCAAAGACCACCUCGUCGCCAUACUGCUGUUGCUGCAGUUCUCGGCGGUGACUUGUAUCGUAAGACCAGGUCCGGACACGGCGGGAAGCAAUCCAAAGGCGAUAUCGAUGUCGAACUUCUUCUGCGAGGCGCGGAGAAGCUGUGUAGAGUCUAUCCUAUCCCAGGUGCUUUUGACAGGAUUGGGGAGUUGAGAAACCGAUAUGCACAGUUGAGUGCCAACAUUGCUCACUACGAAGAACGAGUCGCAAUGCAGUCCGCCGAGCUGGAUCAUCUGCACCAGAGCCACGAUGACUGCGAUCAAGACGAAUAUGACUACCAGGAUGAUCACAUCGAGCCUACCGUCCACAUGAGUAAGGAGGACCUUGUUAAUGAGGAAGACGAAAUCCGUGCUCUCGAGGACAAGAAAAGAGCGCUUCAAUCAAGGGUCAGCAGUAUGGAGAAGGACAUCGAAGGCCUCGCCAGAUGA